GCCACCGCGGGGAGGGGGACGGGAGCGAGAGGUCACCGCCGAGCGGGGAGGACCAUAGAGCGGCCGCGGCCGCAGCCGCACAGUUCUCGGGCCGAGCCCCUCGAGGGAAAGCCCAAGUCCCCCGGGCCUCGAUGGAGUCCCCUCAUCCCUGCUCUCCCCACCUUCCUUCCCAGCAACUCCACACAGCGCUCCAGAAGCCCUCCCCACAGACUCCCAAUCCCAGAGGACGCGUCCCUGUUUCCUCCUGCGCCCGGCCUGGCCCUCCCCGCUGGGGGGACUCGUGGGGGAUGCUAGCUUGCCUGUGCACUGUGCUCUGGCACCUCCCUGCAGUGCCAGCCCUCAACCGCACAGGGGACCCAGGGCCUGGCCCCUCCAUCCAGAAAACCUAUGACCUCACCCGCUACCUGGAGCACCAACUCCGCAGCUUGGCUGGGACCUAUCUGAACUACCUGGGCCCCCCUUUCAACGAGCCUGACUUCAACCCACCUCGGCUGGGGGCAGAGACUCUGCCCAGGGCCACUGUCAACCUGGAUGUGUGGCGAAGCCUCAACGACAAACUACGGCUGACGCAGAACUACGAGGCCUACAGCCACCUCCUGUGCUACUUGCGUGGCCUCAACCGCCAGGCCGCCACAGCCGAGCUGCGUCGCAGCCUGGCUCACUUCUGCACCAGCCUCCAGGGCCUGCUGGGCAGCAUCGCGGGCGUUAUGGCAGCGCUCGGCUACCCGCUACCCCAGCCUCUGCCCGGGACCGAGCCCACCUGGGCCCCUGGCCCUGCCCACAGUGACUUCCUUCAAAAGAUGGACGACUUCUGGCUGCUGAAGGAGCUGCAGACCUGGCUGUGGCGCUCAGCCAAGGACUUCAACCGGCUCAAGAAGAAGAUGCAGACUCCAGCAGCUGCAGUCACCCUGCACCUGGAGGCCCAUGGCUUCUGAUCUCUGACCUUCUCUGUCCCCUCCCUCUUCAAACCCUGCUCCCACUCUGGGAGGGAGGAACAUGUAUGCCAACACUUGUUAAGCCAGGAGACAGAAGUCAAGAGCCUCUAGCCCUCCCUGGACUUGGAGGAGGGUGUGAUGCAAUAAAGCCCAUCCCUCCCCACUUCCCAAAGUCCUACAGGUCUGGGGAAGAGGUGCAAUAGGCCCAUCCCAUUUCCACAGGAAGUAAUGCUCAAGGGAGCCUGAAGUGGUUCACGUUGGUGCAAAGGCUGUCAUGGCUUCCUGCUUCCUGCCCACCACUUGCCAGUGUCCACCCAGACCCUCAAGUGGCACUUCCAGGAAGCGUGCCUGUCGGCAGGGAGGGGACCGCCAUCACAUGUGCCUUUCUGGGGUGAAGCUCUUCGGCUGCCCCACUCUCCUUAGGUGGGUGUUCCUCCCCUCCCCCCAAAUAACUCAAUACAUCCAAUUCAGGAAACAAACCCAGUAGCAAGUCCAAACAGAAAGAGAUGGGAUUAAAACUGAAACAGGUGGGGUCUGCAUGGGAGGUAAUACUGAAAGCAGAGAAGCAGGGACAGACUGGACCCAGGGGUCACCAAGGCAAUCGGUGGCAUAGGGUGGCAACCAAAAGGACAUUGCCUUGAAAUUUCUUGCCAGCUUCACGGCGCCUCCUCUCCGCCUCCUUUCCCAGGGUAUCUGUGGGUUGCCCAGGCUGGGGAGGGCAACCAUAGCCACAGCCACAGAAUUUCCUGAAAGUUUACAUUGCAGUAGCAUUUCGGGGUGCGGGGGGCAGCUCCCCCAGGCCCUGCCCCCCAGCCCCGCCCACUCAUGACUCUAAGUUUGUUGUAUUAAUAUUUAUUUAUUUUGGAAUGUUAUUUAUAGAUGAUAUU